AUGGCUUCCGAGUUCUGCCCCUGUUACUCAUCGUCAUCCUCUAGACCUAGAUGGAGCUAUGAUAUCUUUCUGAGUUUUAGAGGAGAAGAUACUCGCAAAAAUUUUAUAGAUCAUCUCUAUACUGCCUUAAUCCAGGCCGGAAUUUAUACUUUUAGGGAUGAUCAUGAACUUCCCAGGGGAGAAGAAAUCUCCCCACAGCUCGUUAAGGCUAUUGAAGGAUCAAGAAUUUCUAUAGUGGUCUUCUCUGAAGGCUAUGCUUCCUCCAGAUGGUGUCUUAACGAACUUGUAAAUAUUCUCAAGUGCAGGCACAAACUCGGCCAGAUUGUCCUUCCUGUAUUCUAUGAUAUGGAUCCUUCAGAUGUUCGAAAGCAGACUGGGAAUUAUGCAAAAGCAUUUGAUGAACAUGAAGUACGCUUCAAGGAAGAAAUGGAGAAGGUCAACAAAUGGAAAGAAGCUCUUACAGAGGCUGGAAAUCUAUCGGGAUGGGGUCUAAAAAAUUCAGAUAUUGAUGAGAAAUGGGAUGAAGACACUUACAGGCAAGCUGGAACAGAUGCAGUGAUAUCACCAUUUCACCAUCAUCCCCUAGCAUCUUCCACUACUGAUGACCAGCGUAAACAAAGCAAUUCUAUUCAAGGGACCAAUGUGGUCUACCAUCGAAUUGUUUCACAAGUAGGUAAACUUGCGAUUUAUGAAGACAAUUUAUAUGCUGCUAGGUGGAUCAUAAUUGGCCCGGCAGGAUCCGGUUCGUCAUUUUACAUAGAUCCUAAUUCUACAUCCGCUUGGAAUGCGGUGGUAAAGGGGUCUAAGAAGUGGGUUUUGUUCCAUCCCGAUGUGAUACCUUCGGUGUACAUCCGAGCCCGGAUGAAUAGUGAAGUGAUCUUUAUGCCCAAUGGUUGGUGGCAUUUGGUGAUCAACUUGGAAGAAUCCAUUGCUAUCACACGGAAUUAUGUUAGCGGGUGUUACAUUACACUAACCAAGACUCUCUUCCACCAAAGCAUAAUGGAAUAUGAUGAGCAUGAAAAACGAGCUUGGAGCAUUGAUUUUUCACGGACCGAACCUUCAGUGCUUGUAUCUGGGAGUGAUGACUGCAAGCAAGAAGCAAGUGUUCUCAACAUUGAUAUGAAAGCAAAAAUUUAUUCUGUCAAGUAUAAUCCUGGAUCAUACGUUGCAGAUGACCUUUUGACCGUCCUUGCAAAGAAGAAGAGAAAGAUGUAG